GCGGGCGUGCGGCAUCCUGGCCCGCGGGUUCGCGUAUGCCCGCGCCCGGCGGCGGUGAGGGGCGGGCGCCGCCUGUGCGGCCGGGCAUGGGGCCUCCGCCGCCGCGGAGGUGAGGAGCGCUCCUCGCCUCGGCGCCCGCCAUGACCUGCACCAUCGAGAAGAUCCUGACGGACGCGAAGACGCUGCUGGAGCGGCUGAAGGAGCACGACACCGCCGCCGAGUCGCUCAUCGACCAGUCCGCCGUCCUACACCAGCGCGUGGCCGCCAUGAGAGAGGCGGGCGCGGCGUGGGCCGAGAAGCAGGGCCAGGGCGCCGCGGCGGAGCGGGCCGACCCGUCCCGGCUGCGGCCGCACGUGCUCCUGUCCCAGGAGAACACGCAGAUCCGCGACCUGCAGCAGGAGAACAGGGAGCUAUGGAUCUCACUGGAGGAGCACCAAGACGCGUUAGAGCUUAUCAUGAGCAAAUACAGAAAGCAGAUGUUACAGCUUUUGCAAGGGAGAAAAGGCGAAGAUGCUGAACCAGUGUUGAAAGUUCAUCAGGCUAAUUCUUUGGAAAUUGAAAGUCAAAUAGACAGAAUAUGUGAGAUGGGAGAGGUGAUGAGAAAAGCUAUGCAAGUCGAUGAUGAUCAGUUCUUUAAAGUUCAGGAGAAACUAGCUCAGUUGGAGCUUGAAAACAAAGAGCUGCGUGAACUAUUGUCAAUCAGCAAAGAAUCUUUUGAGGUGGGGAGAGAAGAUCUGCCUGACUGUGAAGCUUAGGUCACAAAAUAACUGUAUCUCCAAAUCUUGACUUCAGAGACAAUUAUGAAACUACCCUACAAGGAUGGGUUUUGAUCUGUUCUUUCAGGUGUUUCCUUGUAUGUUCAUCUUUCAAAAUGCGUGGGCUGUUUUCUCUGCAUUUUUCUGAAAUUACAUACUGUUAAUGGCAAAGGCUUGCAUCGCUGCUCCGUCUUGGUAAUUGCAGCAUACAGAUGCUUAACAAUGAAGUAUUUGAUGUGUACUCCCUUGUGAUAGUUUAUUUUUUCUCCUGUUUGUUAUUUUUUAUGAGCUUUAGUUAAUACUUCCAGCUGUGCAGAUGGCACUUAAAUCCACCUUGUCAGUAGCUAGAGAACAUAGUACAGGUUGUGAUUAUUUUAUUUGAUAGAAGGAGUAAGAGGUUAUUUGAAAACUACAUUGUAAAUGGUAGGUAAUACAUUUUGCUCUGCCUGCACAAAGCAGGCAGGCAGGCAGAGCUUUUGUUUUGCUUUGAAGAGCUAACACUCAGUAUUGGGCUGGGUUAACAUUGUUACUUGGACAACUGCUUAGAAGCAGAUCAAGAGAACAGCAUAUAGCCAGUAGAGCGCUUGAAGUAGUAACUCGUAUAAGGAGUACACUUUACCUUGAUUUAGGGGUGAAAAUCAGAGUGGAUGACCCUUUCUGACACCUGUGCUUUUUUGAAGGAUGUUGUGUAUCCGACUAGUUUCUUUUCUUAUGGGUAGACCUGUUCUGGCUUUACCAAAGCUCCAAGGUAUGGGGACACUGGCUAGCUCUGAUCUAAAGGCAGUGCACUCAAACCCUGCACAGGACACAGUGCUUUCAGAUCAAAGCUCUUUGGCCUCCCACCACUUUGGACGUCAGGAAGAGUGAGCUGAGGUCUGCUUCAAAGCUAAACCAAAACCAACCAUGUAGACAGGUUUUUAAUGUUACAUCACAGGUAAGUCUAGUACCAGAUGUUACGUAGUUACUGCAGCACCCUAUAUGGAGUGAAAUUACGAGUUGCAGCGUUGUAGGAAUUUAUCAAUAUUGCAAUAUUUUUAUUGAUGUUUUUAUAUAAAGAUUUCUUUCUUACCUGUGAUCAAGGAAUAAUCCUCCAAGAACAGUAAAUAUCUCAUUUCCAAUAUUAGUUUAAAUUUUUAUGCCGCUUUUUCCUAAGUGAGAAUUUUGAUAGAUGCAGAAGGUGAUUUACGUUCCUGUGCUUAUUAAGAGACAUUUUCUUGGAACCAUUUGGAAUAUUCAGCAAGAUUGUUUGGUAGAUAUAAGGGAUUUCUGUACAGGAGUAUUCUUGUAUACAAUCCUUUUCUAUGAGAAGCCUUUUAAGAGGGAAUAAAAAAAAAACCCAGUGGGGCAGUA